GCCAUUCUAAUUCCAUCAUCAGCAUCAUCCUUUUAAUCAAUACAUUUCAUCUCUUUUUGACUGAGUAAAAAAAUGGCUGCUCAAGCAACCAGAAUCGUCUUCCUUGUUCUUCUCUCUUUCGGUGUUUUCAGCUGUUAUGCAGCACUCGACGCUCACUAUUAUGAUCAAACAUGUCCACAGGCUGAGUUUAUUGUAUCACAGACAAUUCGAAAUGCUUCCAUUUUUGAUCCGAAAGUUCCUGCUCGUAUCCUUCGUAUGUUUUUCCAUGACUGUUUCGUUAGGGGAUGUGAUGCAUCAAUUUUACUCGACUCAACACCUGAGAACAAAGCGGAGAAGGAUGGGCCACCUAACAUCUCAGUCCGAGCAUUCUACGUCAUUGACGAUGCAAAAGCUAAGCUCGAGAAGGCAUGUCCACACACAGUUUCCUGUGCUGACAUUGUCGCCAUGGCUGCCAGAAACGUUGUCACUAUUACCGGAGGACCGAACUGGAACGUUCUCAAGGGAAGAAAAGACGGAAGAGUAUCAAAAGCUAGUGACACCGCCAACCUACCAGCCCCAUUCCUGAACGCGUCCCAACUAAUUCAGACCUUCGCUACCAGAGGAUUAGAUAUCAAGGAUCUUGUCGCCCUAUCAGGCGGCCACACUCUCGGGUUCUCACAUUGUUCUUCCUUUGUAGCUCGGGUUCAUAAUUUCAGCACCAUACAUGAAACCGAUCCUAGUAUGAGCACAGAAUUUGCCAGUUUACUGAAGAACAAGUGUCCGAGUUUAAACAACAAUGGUGAUAAUGCAGGACAAGUUUUAGACACAACUGCAGCACAGUUUGACAAUGAUUACUACAAACAGGUUAUUGCUGGUAAGGGUGUUUUCGGAACUGACCAAGCUAUGUAUAAUGAUCAGAGGACUAGACCGAUUAUUGAGUCGUUUGCUAAAGACCAGAACUUGUUCUUUAGAGAGUUUGCUGCUUCGAUGAUAAAGCUUGGAAAUGUUGGGGUUAAUGAAGUAGGAGAAGUGAGACUGAAUUGCCGAAGAGCGAACUAAGUUUGAGCAAUUACAAGAGAGUGUGUGAGAAAAAUGAAGAUAUAAGUUAUGAAGUUCCUCAGAUUAUUGAGAGAUGGAAUAAUGUAAAGAUUUUUUUAUAUGUUUGUAACUUUGUAUUCUCUUUGACAUGGUAAUAGAGCGUUUUCUUAUUGUAACUCAAUCCUAUAAGAUUGGUAUAUUGGCCAAAAUCAAUAUUUGUUGGGUGAAUUUUAUUGUUAUAUGUAUGAACCAUGAAGAGGGUUUUCAGCCUA